GAGGGGAAGCAGUGAGGACAGAGUCCCUGUUCCGCAGACGGGAUGAGCGGGGGAGCAGAGCAAGCUGACAUCCUGACCGUGCUCUCCCUUGUCAAGGAACGAUGGAAAGUGGCGAAGAAGAUAGGGGGUGGUGGCUUUGGGGAGAUCUACGAAGCGGUGGACCUACUGACUCGGAUCAAUGUGGCGCUGAAGGUGGAGUCGGCGCAGCAACCCAAACAGGUGCUGAAGAUGGAGGUCGCUGUCCUGAAGAAGCUGCAGGGUAAAGAUCACGUGUGCCGCUUUGUGGGAUGUGGCCGCAACGACCGCUUUAACUAUGUGGUGAUGGAGCUUCAGGGACGAAACCUAGCGGAUCUGCGGAGAAGUAUGACACGAGGAACGUUCAGCAUCAGCACCACUCUGCGUCUGGGGCGCCAGAUCCUGGAGGCCAUAGAGAGCAUCCACUCUGUAGGCUUUCUGCAUCGUGACAUCAAACCGUCCAAUUUCGCCAUGGGCCGUUUCCCCAGUACCUGUCGGACCUGCUACAUGCUGGACUUUGGUUUAGCUCGCCAGUUUACCAACUCUUGUCAGGAAGUCCGACCACCCCGUCCUGUGGCAGGAUUCCGGGGAACAGUCCGCUAUGCGUCUGUCAAUGCUCACAAGAAUAAGGAGAUGGGUCGUCACGAUGACCUGUGGUCUCUCUUCUAUAUGCUGGUGGAGUUUCUGGUUGGUCAGUUGCCGUGGAGGAAGAUCAAAGACAAAGAACAUGUUGGGAAACUCAAGGAGUCUUAUGACCAUCGUUUGAUGCUCAAACAUCUCCCGGCUGAAUUUGGUGUGUUCUUGGAACACAUUUCCAACCUCGACUACUUCACCAAGCCAGACUACCAGCUGCUGAUGUCGGUGUUUGACAACAGCAUGAAAACAUACAACGUUGUGGAAAAUGACCCUUACGACUGGGAACGGACCAGCACAGAUGGCACUCUAACCAUCAGUGCUAGCGCCACAACACCGCAGCAUCACACCCGCCUCACACCUGCACACAUGGGUAUGGCGAAUGCCUCCCUGAUUCCCGGCGACCUGAUGCGAGAGAACACGGAUGAGGUUCUGCAGGACGAGCAGCUCAGCGACGUGGAGAACAAUCCUGCUCCUGACCGCAUGCUGGGCUCUCCCCUCCAUCCACAUCGACUUCAGGAGGCUGACGUCUGGGAGGAGCUGGAUCGAAACCGGAACCGCAUCAAGACGGCCGCCUGGAAGACAGCAACAGAGGAGGAACACAUCAACAACCAGGGCAACCCAGGACACCAGAGCCCCUACGCAGGUCCAAGCCUGGGCUCACCUGUCAAACUACACUCUGAGGUGGUCGCUUCAGAUCGUGAUGGCCCCCUGCUGAGAAAGCUGCGCAAUAUCCACAGCUUUGAGCUGGAGAGGAGGCUCGGACUGGACUCCAAGCCCGGUCCAGAACGUUUUCUGGAUGCAUGCAGCUCCGCUAAGCAGCUGCUUGGCACCCAGAACCAGGAGGAGGACGCUGCUGUUACCCCAGUAACUCAGGGUCAGGCUGUAGCUGCGGGGGAGCGCCCUGAGAGGAUCUGGCACUACAAUGAGGAGUACCUGUCUGGAUCCCGAGGUGGUUCGCCUAAGCCAGCUUCACCGGGAUCUUUGGAGCAGGGAGAGGGGGCUGUCAGUAGUGGCGGCUUUGUGGCCCUUAAUUUGAGCUCUGGGAGGCAAGAUGUUGACUCAAGGGAGUGGGUAAUAGUGGAGCGGCCUUGUGGCUCCCCAGGAGCCAAGGCUACACCCAACCGCUCAGAGGAGGACGAGGAGCUGGAGGUGCUCCAGCCAGAGGAACAAUCUCCUGGAUGGGAAAAGGCCAGUCCGGGCCCUAGCUCUGGAAAAGCUAAACAAGAAAGCAUGGCUUCCUCCAAGGGAAGCGCAAAAAUGGACAAGCUGGAGCUCAGUGUGGGCCCUGUUGGGGCUCUGCCCCCAAUUACUCCAACCAGCCCAGCUGAAGCUCUGGCUGAGGGAGUCCUCACCCAGCUCCCCACCUCUCCUCCAUCUCUACCCGAGGAAGUCGUGGUCCGGACAUCCAGCCCCAUCCCUCUGCGCUCUCCCAGCCCUCACACCCUCCUGACCACCUUGUCGGACCCACUGCACCUGCGCCAGCCGGCAGGCAUGAGGCGCAGCCAGUCCGUUGACCAGCCGCAACAAGAGCGCCCAUCCUCGUCCUCCUCCUGCCACGCCUCCCUUCCUCUACCACCAAACCCCACCCCUGGCACUCGUUCGCCCAGUCGCAGGAAACUGCCGGCCAUCCCUGCUGGCGCUGCCAAUACCAAGUUUCCCUCAGUCAUACGCAUCACCCGUGCCCAGCUUCAGCAGCUGACAGCUCAGCGUCCUUCUGGACUGUCCUCUCAGUCAGGAUCAGAUAGUGCUCCACAGUGCCUCCUGCUGGAGAGGCGUGGUGAUGCUGAAGCUGAGGCUCAGCAGAUCCAGGAGCACACACGGGACGUGAGCUCCCCCCAGGAUCAUGUGCCCUCUCAUCCAGGGACACCAACUGAGCCCCUGGCUGAAACACUGGUCAAUGGAGACAGCCACACCAAAGCUCAAAGCCCUGUGCCAAGCCACAUGCCCUCACCUCGCUCAGCCUGUUCGCCAUGCUCCCCAUCCUCUCCUCGCUCUCCUCGCUCUCCUCGCUCUCCUCGCUCUCCAGUGUUUACUAACGGUCGCCUCUCUCCUUCUGUCAACACCCAAAAGAAUUUAAGCAACGGCGCGUCCCCCAAGCUAAAAGACCCUGACAAUGAUUCUAGCCCCGCUCACUGUGCCACAGUGACCCAAAUAAAGGCAGAAGAGGGCAGUGAGGUGGCAUCAGAGCAGCUUCAAGGCCUAACUGCCUCUUCUCCUACUGCCCCCCGUAAGGACCCCAGUCGCAGGCAGAGUCGCAUCCCCGUGCUCGAGCCCUCGAGCCUGCUGGACCUUCCUCCCCCAGGUUCUGCCAAGGAGAAACUCCUGCAGAAAAAAGCCAGCCACCAGACCUCGGUCCCCUCUCCCACCGCCUCGCCGUCCCUCUCCGACAGGCGUGGACCCAUAAUGGCCUCCCUGACUAAGGACCCACUGUCCUCCACUUCUGACCGCUCUCAGGAUGAGGACUCUCUCAUGGGCUCUCCUUCUGACCGCCAGGGAGACGACGCUCAGUCUCUCUCCUCCUCGUCCAGCCCCCUGUCCCGCAAGAGCCGGAUCCCCCGUCCUGUUCAUUCAGCCUCCUCUGCCGAGCAGCUGGCUGCACAGUUCCUGCCACGCCCGCCCCCUGGAAAGCCGCCGGGUCGCUCCACAGUGGAGGGCAGGCUCAGGCGUUACCGCAUCCGGGCCAGCAGCACCAGUGACUCAGACCUCCUGUCGUGCCUCGCUCAGCUGAUGCAUGGCUCUCGUGGCUCGCCACUUCACCACCGCUCCUCGGCCCAGCACGGAGGCUCCAGGAUGGGGGGCAUCCACAGCCUGACCAGCUCCCCGCACCACCACUACCACCGCAGCUCCAGCGCCUCCCCGCGCAGUUCCUCCUCCCUGCAGCGCUCGGUCAGCUCCUCGCCUUCCCGCCACGAGCACCGCGUCGGCGGCGGAGGCAGCUGCUUGGGCCGCAGCCGCUCCCCUCCCAGCUUUUCGGGCUCGCCGCCUCCCCGCCGCUUCUACCUCCACCACCAGGAGACUUGCUGUAGCCGCCAGGCACGCACGGGCCCCUUCCACCUGUCCAGAGGGAAGGGCUGUAGCAGAGAGGGCAAAUGCUCCAGCAAGCUGAGCAGAUAG